AAGUAGGCGCUAGGGUCCGAAUGUGGUCCAGAUCGGAGGCUGGAUAAAAGAGACUCUCAUAAUCUGACGUGAACUCAGAGCCACGCGAGUGGCCGCGCGAUCCGGUCCGUGCGUUUGAAUAAUUUCGGUGUUAGAACGCACCAUGUGGUCGAAAAGGAUCAUAAAAUUCGCCAGAUCAAAGUGCAUUUUUAUUAUUCUGGGACUCUGCGUUACGCAGGGCCUCGGUGAAAAUGCGGGAGGAGGAAAUCUACCCGGUCAAUCGACCGAUCUCGGCAAUCCUUCCGAGGGUUCCUCCGCGGAAGCCACCCCUAGAAAUUCGUCGCCGAGCCCCGAGAUCGUCGCGGGGAUCACGCGAAUAACGAAGCAACCUUUCAACUGGGAGGCGUUUCCUGAGGGCGAAGAGUUUUCUCUUGACGAGAAAAAAAAGGCAGAAGUGACGGGUAAUAAAGAAGAGACGAAAGCACCUUCGACCUUAACAUCGCCUUCCGAGGGUAAAAAUUUAGGGGAAGAAAUCGGCACUACGGCCCUUCCGACGAUAUCUCGUAAGAAAAAUCGCGGGGCUAAGAACGGUGAGCGUCGUCGUCGAAUGAAACAUAUUUCAGGUAAAUUGUCGCAUGGGAAUGAGAGCGACUCGUCCGUAUCCGGUUCGCAGUAUAUUUCAAGCGAUUCGAAUAUUCGUGACGGAAUAAACAUCGAGUUGAACAAUGUUCAGCCUCCUAAGAAAGAUAGAUCGAAUUUUCAAGGAGGUAGGGUAUCCCGCAGGAGGAAACAGAGCUGCAGAACGAAUAACUGUAAGGACAAAAAGCUGAAGGACGUUAAGGAUAGGAUAAAAAAAUUGAGGAUCGAGAGACGCAGGAGAAGAAACAGGGAAAGAAAACGUAAGAACAAACUGAGUCAUGGCGAUAGAAGAACGCGAAAAGGUAGAAAACAAAAUAAACUUGCGAACGAACCAGCCGCGUUGCACAUGCCCGUGUCAACGGACUCCGAAGUCAACGUAACCAAUUCGCGGCACAAGGAUUCGGAACAUCCGAAAUCUCACGUGGAAAAAUCUCCUCCUCCUCCUCUGUCGCCCGAUCAACGCGACGAGGAGCGCAUUUUCGAAACCAGAGUACACCUGCAAAGAGUAUCGGUUACAACGGACGAUGCGGAUUUGAAAACUACCCGAGAUCAUCGUCAGGAAAAUGUCGAAAAAGAGUUUUCCAAACAGUUCGAAAAAGAACUCGCAAAAUCGGAGACCCGCGAAGAGAAUUGGUUGAAAUCUAGCAAAAAAUUGUCAAAAAUUAUACCCUCCAGUUUAUCGCCGCUCGGUAUCGAAAAUUUGAAGGACUCGAGAUUCGUUGGCAAAAAAUUUUCCGAAAUCAAUGCCGCCGAAGAAAAUGAGCUGCCAUCGGACGACGCCAGAUAUUAUCAGGAUCGCGUUAUCGGCGAUAUUUUACUGUCGAAAUUGGCAAAUUAUCAUCAAAUUCGUUCCACGAAUUCGUUCGGCGAACGUCACAACACUUCCGUUCUCGCAGCUACCGAACAACCGACGUUAUCGGGUGAAAAAGAUCUUUCAAGUUUUGAGAGAACGCUCGAUAAAGUCGAAACGAACGUUGAGGAUAUCAAGGGCGAUUUGUCCUGCAUAAACGGAACAUUCUUACCAGCGCCUUUGUCAAGACACGCCCUCAUCAAAUAUGUUAAGUCCUCGACACCGGGUCACGAGUAUCUCGAAGCCGACUACGAAUGCACCAAAGGAUAUAAUAUGGUGACAACGUCGCGUCGUUUGCUCUGUAAUAAUCGACGAUGGGUUGGCGAGAUGCCAAAGUGCAAACUGCUACAGAAUCCAAACGAUAUUUGCUCGGAUUCACAUUGCGAGCAACUCUGUAGGGACAAUAACGGCGUUCCCACCUGUUCGUGUUACAGAGGAUUUCGCCAAGAUGGAAACAAGUGUAUCGAUAUCAACGAAUGUGAUAAGGAUAAUGGCGGUUGCGAAUUUUCAUGUAUCAAUACGCCAGGAUCGUUCCGUUGUGAAUGUCCCAAAGGAAUGAGACAGGGUGAUACCAAGUAUACUUGUAUGGAUAUCAACGAGUGUCUUCUGAACAACGGGCACGGUCCUUGUCAAGACACGUGUUAUAAUUUGGAAGGAGGUUACAAAUGUUCCUGCGAGGGUAUACCGGGAACCGUGUUAGGAGCGAACAAUCACAGUUGUCGCGACGCGGGACCAUGCGGUACGAAUAACGCGGGAUGUUCUCACACGUGUCUUUCGACAAUGGGUCGAGUAUUUUGUCUGUGUCCCGACGGUUUUAUGCUCGAGGACGAUUGGAAGACGUGCCAAGAUGUCGACGAGUGCGCGGUACCGGAUCUACAGACAAUAGUUUGCGAACACGGUUGUAUCAACACUCCGGGAUCGUACAGAUGCGCCGAACCACCCGAAAUGCGGGAUGAACCGCCCUCCAACUUUUUGUUGAAAUCCUGCGAGACUGGCUUCGAAAGUGGCCUCAACGGGGAGAACUGUGUCGAUAUCAACGAGUGCUCGAUAUCGAAUGGCGGGUGUCAAGAAGUUUGCGAAAAUACAAUCGGAAGUUAUUUCUGCGCUUGUAACGGAGACGAAAGGCUUCUGUCGUCCGAUGGGAAAACGUGCGUAGAUAUCAACGACAUCGCUUGCCCUGCUCUAAAUCCCUCGGGAAGAGGCUACGUUAUAUGCUCGCGAUUGUUAACCCCAAAACCAUGGAGGGGGAGAAAAAGGGUCAUCAACAGACCCGGUACCAAGUGUUUACUCAGAUGCCCUUACGGCUACCAAUUAAGAGGAGAGUACGAACUCACCUGCGGGACGAACGGGGAUUGGAUUGGCUCGAAACACGGGGAAUGCGUCAGAUACAGUAAACCAAGGUUGGAUUGUCCCCAAAAUAUCAUCGCGGAAGUUCCGCCGGGGCAAUCCGAAGCUUUCGUAACGUUUGCACAGCCUUCGACGGAUCUCGAUUGGUUCCGAUACGUGAGAUCCGAACCUUCGUGGGGAACGAGACUGGAGGCUAAUUUACUACCGGGCGAACACAAGGUCACCUUUAUCGCGAAACAUCCGGUUUCCAAAAAACAGGCUACCUGCACUCUACACAUUUCCGUUAAACCCGGCGAAGCUCCCAGGAUAAAAAACUGCCCGCAAAACAUCGUAACGUCGGCUAAAAACAGGACACUCGUUACCUGGACCGAGCCUAUAUUCACCGAUAACGUUAAAAUCACGAACGUAAUCAGCAAUAAGAAUUCGGGCCACUUGUUUUCCAUCGGUGAUCACAAAAUCCAUUACGAAGCAAGCGACGAAGCUGGUUGGACGGCGACUUGUGAUUUUCUGAUAACGGUUAAAAGUGACUGAAUAAUAAUAAGGAUAAUACGGUAUACGUAUAUAUUGUAUACGACUCUGCCGAAAAAAGAGAUGAAGAUUAAUAAUCAAAUAUAAUAUCUGAACUGAUUCUUCAGUGCAGCGAAAAAAACGAAAAGAUAAAACUUUGAAAAAGACAAUUUUAAUCCAUGCGUAUAUGAUUAUAGCAUAACAAUAAUAUCGAAUUCGCGAAACCAUCGCAGAUCUUUAUUCGAUUUCAAAAUUUUGCGGUAACUUCUCCGAUGAUUGAUUCGAAAAAAAUCAAAGAACUAAACGUAUAAAUGAUACCAAGGUGAAAACCAUGAUAUUAAUCCUGCGCAGUAAUAUACAUACCUAUACGUACGUACGUUUCCGACGUUUCUCAUUCGGUUCUACGUAUGAGAUCUGAUGGUCGUUGGCCAUUAAUUCGUUGCAGUCCCAGAUGAUUGAACAUAUCAAAGUUUGUAAUCUGUGUCAGUAGAUCAAACCGGGCGACACAGCUGCAAUAUAAUACACGUUACAUAGACAAUGGUACGAUAUGAUAUAUCCGACCAUAAAACUAGCUGAAAAAACAAACGAUACAUUAAACUUGGAAAUUACGUCAUCGAAUGAAUUAAUGUCGUUAUCGUCAUUCCUUGGGGCAUAUUAAUAUUAAUAAUAAUAAAUAAUAAGAAUGAUAAUGAUAAUAUACCGAAUAAGAAUUACAUUAUUUCAGAACCAGGAACUGUCCUCAUUUCUACUGUAUGAAUAAAUAUUAUGCAACCAACAAAUGCAUUCAUUGUCAUGACACAUAAUCUCAUCAUUUCUCUACCGACGAAAA